CGCAGUUAAUCUCUGUCACUCUCUGCGUCGCAGUCAACAUGACUACGUUCAGUACUGCUAUUUUUUUGUUUUUAAUUGUCGUCAGCGUCUCUAAUAAAUACGUAACCGCGGAAAAUGAUGAGGACGCGUCAACGGAAUUGUACGUUAUCGAGGGGAAAGUUUUCCCUUGGGAAAAUGGACCAUCGAACGGGUGGCAGCUGAUGACACACGUCAUGGCCAACGGUGGAGAACAUUAUGGUUUCUUGAGAGAGGACGGGACAUUUAUUAUCUCCAACGUACCAUCUGGAUCGUACGUGAUUGAAAUUGUAAAUCCAAAUUCGGUCUACGAACCGGUGAGAGUAGAAAUCAAUUCGAAGGGGAAGUUCCGUGCACGGAAAGUGAAUUUAAUUCAAACGUCGCAAGUGAUACAGGUUCCGUAUCCACUGAAAAUGAGACCACUUACACAGUUUCGUUACUUCCAAGUCAGAGAACAGUGGAAGAUAACGGACUUCUUGUUUAACUCCAUGGUUUUGAUGAUGAUUUUACCACUGUUACUACUCAUGAUUAUUCCAAAAAUUAUGAACGACCCUGAAACUAGGAAGGAAAUGGAACAAUUAAACAAUCUCACUAAUUACAACAUGCCAGAGAUGUCUGAAGUCAUAACAUCAUUUUUAUCUGGAGGAGAAAAACAGAAAACGAAAGCAGUGAAAGCUGCAAAGAAGAGGCAGUGAUCGAUAACAUGUUUGCAUUUUUACUCUAGUCCUUUAGUUCUUAACUACACUCUAGAAAUAGUAAACGUCAGAUUUUUCAACUUUAAAAUUUCCAUACAAUUUUUAUUCCACUUUACAAAUCGUAAACGUAACAGUGAAUCGAAAUGUUACUUUCAAUAGAUAAUUACGUACAAUUCGCUAAAGAUCGUGUAAACUUAAUUUUAUGCAAACAGAAAAAUAAUAAAGUACAAUUUGUAUGUUAAUAAACUUUCAAGUAUUAAUGAAACUUCUAGGUUACAAUGCAUUUGUACAUACGUCAUUAAUUUUCUGUUUCCUUACGCAUUAUUAUGUGUAUAAUAUUGUAUGAUUAAGUAUCUUAAUUAUGUAUAAAUAUCACAGAUUA